AUGACUCCGACGGCACAUGGUUCGUCGUCUUCGAUCUGUGUGCUCAGUGGCUCACAGCGUUCGCCCUCGUUUUCAUUGACCACAGAUGCAUUUGCAUCAGAGGCUAUGUACGCCUAUCCAACUCAGAUACCAGGCCCGGGAGGUUUCGACGGUCCACAUCGUCCUUCCUAUUUCUCGGGGUCUGCUCCUCAAUCUCAAAGUCCCAACCAUUGGCCGCCUUCACCAUUUCCUCCCCUGACCGUCGCACCUCAUUCGCGUUCUACGACAGGGCAUGGUUCUGAAAACGAUUCAGCCUUUUCACCUUCCUCGCAGCCCUCCAGAUACAGCGCUCCCAUCCACAGUCCAGGAACGAGCACCUUUAGUGACCGAAGAUUGUCGUACGACCCUUCCCCAUUUCAAGCCUCAUACAGUGAACUUCAAGAACCGAUGCCUCAAUCUGGGUUCAGGACCGCCAGUCCGAUAUCUGACACUUUACAAGACGCAGCCACUCCUUUAAGUGUUCCGGUGACGGAAUCACCGGUUGUGGCGAACGCAACUCCCAACGAGUCCUCUAACUCUGUCCGGUCCUCGGUCAAUAAUGCCAGGCGAUGUCAUUUACACAUUAGACAGCAACCCCGAGCCGCUCGCGCAGGACCCGACGGAAAGGACCGAAGAGCAAUUGACCCACCGCCAAUCGUGCAGCUGUUGAUGGAUGACUUUGACCCCGACAAUGAGGACGACGUAGCCGAGCUCAAAUGCCCUUUUUGGGUCGUGCACUGCAGGCUGGUGGGAGCAGUCGCCGUGAAUUCGGACGUGAGCACGCAGUCUUACUACACGGAGGAAGGACAGAAAGAAGUUCAACGCCUCCUCUUGGGUACGACUGUGGCGAGUCCAACUCAUACUUCUGAUGACCCUGAUCCCCCUACAAUGCCGACUCAUCCCGCCACGAAAGAUGCAGCACCUGCACCCCCGAGUCCGACGUCGAGGUUCUUGCCAAACACGACUCGCGGGAGAUUACCAAGAGCACCACACAACAUUCCCGGCUCUUUCUUCAUAUUUGCCGAUCUCUCGCUUCGCCGGGCUGGCGAAUACCGGUUGCAAUUUACACUGAUGAAGAUGGAGCCGCCAUUACUGAGGGUGGGCGCCACGGUGCCCGCUCACCACGUAGUCACCAGUCAAGUCUUUCGAGCAGUUAAUGCAAAGGAUUUCGACCAAGUGCAGCCUAGCACCAAUUUGGUGAAGGGACUCCUCGACCGAGGCGCAGGAUACCCUCUCAAGCUGAAGAAAGGGAUCAGAGAGGGUCAAAGACGAAGGAGGCAACAGUGGGAUGACUACUCCGACGACGAGGAUUCAGGUGACUACGACAAUGAAUGA